AUGUCGGACUCCAUAGUUGAGCCCUUUCUUAAGGGUAACACGGGGAGGAAUACUAGAGGAAUUCUACGACUGUCAAUUCUCUGCUUAAUUGCAGCUGCGGCCGUUGCCAGUCGGCUGUUUUCUGUUAUUCGAUUCGAAAGUAUUAUCCACGAAUUCGAUCCGUGGUUCAACUUCAGAGCGACGAAAUACUUAGUCGCAAAUGGCUUCUACGACUUUUGGGAUUGGUUUGAUGACCGAACAUGGCAUCCACUUGGAAGAGUUACAGGAGGAACUCUAUAUCCAGGUCUCAUGGUGACCAGUGGUGCUAUCUACCAUGCUCUACGAGCCAUUACGAUUCCAGUCGAUAUUCGAAAUAUCUGUGUGCUUCUUGCGCCAGGAUUCUCGGGCUUGACAGCAUUUGCAACUUACCUUUUCACCAACGAAAUGUCCACGUCUCCUUCAGCUGGACUUCUCGCAGCCGCUUUCAUGGGUAUCGCACCUGGUUAUAUCUCGCGUUCAGUUGCCGGCAGCUACGAUAACGAGGCAAUUGCCAUCUUCCUUCUUGUAUUUACCUUUUACCUCUGGAUCAAGGCCCUUAAGCUUGGAUCAGCAAUGUGGGGUGCUCUAUGUGCGCUCUUCUACGGUUACAUGGUUUCCGCUUGGGGCGGAUAUGUUUUCAUCACCAACUUGAUUCCGUUACACGUCUUUGUCCUCGUCUGCAUGGGUCGGUUUGGUCCAAGACUCUAUGUCAGCUAUUGCACCUGGUACGCUCUUGGCACGCUUGCGAGUAUGCAGAUUCCUUUCGUUGGAUUCUUGCCAAUCCGCAGUAGCGAGCAUAUGUCUGCCCUCGGUGUUUUUGGACUUCUACAGUUGAUUGGAUUUGUCGAGUUCGUCCGUUCAGGAGUACCAAGCAAGCAAUUUGCUACUCUUCUCAGAGGCUUCGUUCUAGCUGUCUUCGUGAUCGCUUUUGGUGGUCUUGUCCUUUUGACAGUUUCCGGUGUUAUUGCCCCAUGGACCGGUCGAUUCUACUCACUCUGGGAUACCGGAUAUGCCAAGAUUCAUAUCCCAAUUAUCGCCUCUGUCUCCGAACAUCAGCCAACAGCAUGGCCAGCAUUCUUUUUCGAUCUGAACCUUCUUAUCUGGCUCUUCCCUGCAGGUGUCUACCUCUGCUUCCAGAAGCUUGAUGAUGAGCAGGUCUUCGUCGUUGUCUACGCUAUUCUUGCCAGUUACUUUUCUGGUGUUAUGGUUAGAUUGAUGCUCACACUUACCCCUAUCGUCUGUGUGGCGGCCGCCUUGGCGUUAUCCCAUUUGUUAGACACCUAUCUUACGAUUAAAUCUCCCGAGGCACCAACAGACGCUUCAGCCGAUGCAACAGCAAAUGGCACUCCCGCAGCAGCCAAAAAGGCUGCUAAGACCGAUGGCCUACGAUCUAUGCGCCAGCCGCUCGUAGGUAUCUACACACAAUUCUCCAAGAAUUCCGUCGUCAGUGCCUUGACAGCUUACUUGUUACUUUUUGUUCUUCACUGCACAUGGGUUACCUCAAAUGCCUACUCUUCUCCAUCCGUUGUCCUUGCAAGCAGAAUGCCCGACGGAAGUCAACACAUCAUCGACGAUUACCGUGAGGCAUACCAAUGGCUUCGCCAAAACACCAAGGAGGACGCCAAGAUCAUGUCAUGGUGGGAUUACGGUUAUCAAAUUGGUGGUAUGGCUGAUAGACCAACACUUGUUGACAACAACACCUGGAAUAACACCCAUAUUGCAACUGUCGGUAAAGCGAUGAGUUCGAGUGAGGAAGUCAGCUAUCCUAUUAUGCGCCAACACGAAGUCGAUUAUGUUCUUGUUGUAUUUGGAGGUCUUCUGGGUUAUUCUGGAGACGAUAUCAACAAGUUCUUGUGGAUGGUCCGAAUUGCUGAAGGUAUCUGGCCUGAAGAAGUCAAGGAGCGUGAUUUCUUCACUGAUCGUGGCGAGUACCGAGUGGAUGAGGGCGCCACUGAGACGAUGAAGAAGAGCUUGAUGUACAAGAUGUCUUACUACAACUACAAUACACUCUUCCCUCCUGGACAAUGCCAAGAUCGAGUCCGUGGUGUUAAGAUGCCCGAUCAGGGUCCUACGCUCAGCACUAUGAAUGAGGCUUUCACCAGUGAAAACUGGAUUAUUAGAAUUUACAAGGUCAAAGACCUUGACAACGUUGGAAGAGACCAUGCUGCUGCCGCAUCAUUCGAAAAGGGUAACAAGAAGAAGAAGUCCACGAAGAGGAGAGGACCAAAAGUAUUACGUGUGGAAUAA